ACGGCGACAAACCUGCUAUUUUUUCCUUUUCGGUUUUUUACCACGAUGUCGAUGAAACAUGUAUAGCUAUCAAAAUUUUUUCCAGAUUCUUAAACCACCUUUCUAAUUGGCUGCUAAAAUUUGUGGUUAUGCUCUUCUUUUAAAUAUGGCUGUCCAGUGCAGCAUUUGCUUGGGUUCUUCGUCGUCGUUGAAUGUUGAGACUUCUCCAUUUUCAAGCAUCCCAUGUGGACACGUGUAUCACUUUGCUUGCAUUUCACAGUGGUUGCAGUCCGCGGGAAAGUGCCCAGAAUGUCGCACGCCGUGUUCCAGUCAGAAAGUGGUCCGCUUGUUCCUGAAGCAUGAAUCUCAAUCCGCAGAUAUCAGUAUUUCAGACGCUGCUGCUGAAUAUGCUCAGCAGUGGAUUGAAAAAUGUCAGACAAAGGCUCGCGAAUGCGAACAAGCAUUGCAUGAAGUCAAUGAGCAGAAGCUGUUGCUGGAAAAAUCCAACGAACAUAUAAAAAAUCUUGAGCGAACCUGCAGCGCCCGUCAAUCUGAAAUCCAACAGUAUAAGGAACGGAUGACAGUAUUGUCGGGAACUCGGAUGAAACUGGAGAAGAGCCGCGAGGAGAACGAGAAGCUGCGGAAGGAAUGCAAGACAUGGCGAGACGAGGCUGAGAAACUCCAACGGGUGUCUUGUGUAAUGACGGGCUCCGUUACCGACGUAAAGGGCAUGCUGGCCAAUAUCCAGAGUAACGCGGAUUUCACAGCUGUCCGAGAUUCCUUGAUGUGUUGCAUUGAAGCCCUGAAGAUGGAAAUGGAAAAAAUGAAAAGUAACGACAAAGAAAUGCGAGACGAGACGGCGAAGUCUAGAUCCCAUCAAGUGAAGCUAGAUGAGCAGUUUAAGUCCAUGGUAAAUAAGAAUAAACACCUGCUUGAAGAACUUCGGGAGCGUGAUGAGCGUAUCAAACGAUUGGAACUAAAGAUCUGUACACUGGAAAAGUUGUUAAAAAGAGCGACCGGAUGUCCCUCAAACCCAGGUCAAAAGAUUCAUUCACGAGAGUCCAAUGCCGGCCGACAUCGUAUUCUGUAGCCCCUCUAUGAACCCAUCGAACUCUUCCAGCUCAAGAAAUACCGACAAUUCCCCUCAUCCGAUGUUCAAUACUUUGAUUAGCAGUCCAGCAGACACUCAGUCUAUUGUGAAUAUUUUGGACAGUCCAGACGAACCUCUGCGAAGUGGAAAAAAAAUUUUUGCAAAGCCCAGAGAUAAUACGAAAAAAGCGAAGUUUGCGCGAUCCGUGUUUGGUGAAGCUUCGCCAUCUAGUCCAUUUGUCUCUCAAUCUUUAAAAAGUUUAUCGACAUUACAGCAACGACUUCCCUUCCGAAAGAUGGUCAGAAAAGAAAAUCACGCUGUGGCAUCCUUUUCUUUGAACUGUAAUACUACUAUUGAACUUGAUGACUGAACAAUUUUUUUGUUUUUCAUAUUUUGGUAUUUGUUGCAUGUGUUGUUACAUUAAAUUUUUCUUCAGAAUCUUUCUAAUUUCCGGGUCGCCUUCACGCAGACCGGUCUUAUGUCAAUUGAAUAUACCGUAGAACGCUUGCGAUUGUGUAAGAUUUAUCUAACGAAAUAAACUAACG